AGAGCAGCCAAAAAAAACACCACACCGAUUGAGAGAGAGAGAGAGACCUCAAAACCUCCAAAACUCUCUCACUCACUCCAGGACCAAAACUUGCUUCCAGAAAUCCACACCCAGCUUUUCACGCAAAGCAAUGCCUGAAAUUCACAGAAAUCAAAGCCAAACCUCUCUUUUGUACCGACUAUCUCUCUCUUAUAAGAGAUAAUGGAAAUGCUUCUUCUCCACAGAAAAUAAGAACCUCACAUGAAAUAAAAAGGAAAAAAGAAUACCAGAAACAGAGAAAUCAAAUCCACUCCCUUUUCCCUCCUAUCAGCGGAUUCUCCGUCCCUUUUCCAGCCAAUCGUUUUGUUUUCAGUUGUUUCUUUUUCCUUAUAAAUGCAAAUGCCAGGAAGAGAUACGGAAGUUUCUAGAGCUUUUUAGCAACCGGAGAUGAGAAUGCUGAAAUGAUUUUAUCCGGCGAAAAAAUUUGAUUCUGUAAAAGAUCUGAGAAUGAGAGCUCUGGAUCUUGCUGCGAUUUGGAGAUCACCGCAAAUGGACGCUCGAUCUCUCUGUAAAUUGCGUUUUUAAUUUGCAUGGCGGCUUCCACUUGUUCCGCGGGAGAUAUCGGCAAAAAAUCUGGUUUUGGAAAUUGAGGUCUUCGUUGAGAGAGAGAGAGAGAGAGAGAGAGAGAGAGAGAGAGAGAGAUGGCGGCAUCUUGGGACCAGCUAGGGGAGAUUGCGAACAUCGCACAGCUCACAGGAUUUGAUGCGGUCCGUUUGAUUGGGAUGAUCGUGAAGGCAGCGAGCACGGCCCGCUUGCACAAGAAGAACUGCAGGCAGUUCGCACAGCAUCUGAAGCUGAUAGGGAACUUGCUGGAGCAGCUCAAGAUCUCGGAGCUGAAGAAGUAUCCGGAGACGCGGGAGCCGCUGGAGCAGCUUGAGGAUGCACUGCGGCGGUCCUACAUCCUGGUGAACAGUUGCCAGGAUAGGAGCUAUCUUUAUCUGCUGGCGAUGGGGUGGAACAUUGUGUACCAGUUCCGCAAGGCCCAGGGUGAGAUCGAUCGGUAUCUAAGGAUUGUGCCGCUCAUCACUCUUGUCGAUAAUGCCAGGGUCAAGGAACGACUACAAGAUAUUGAAAGGGAUCAGCGUGAGUACACUUUGGAUGAGGAGGACAGAAAAGUGCAAGAUGCAAUUUUAAAGCCCGAUCCCUCAAAAAAUGACGCAAUGAUGCUGAAAAAGACUCUAUCUUGUUCUUACCCAAACUUGGCAUUUGAUGAAGCCCUCCAGAAAGAAAAUGAGAAGCUCCAGGUAGAACUACAAAUGUCUCAAGCUAAUAUGGACGUCGGUCAAUGUCAAGUGAUUCAACAUUUGAUUGACGUCACAGAAAAUGCAGCAAGUUCUCUACCAGAGAAGACUUCACACAAAAAUUCACAGAAAUUAGAGCCCAAUUAUUCUUAUGCCAAUAGUGAUAAUGGGCAUUCUGCCGAUGAAAGCUAUGUUAGGCAACACUCUGAUACUCGUACAGCUUCAAGACAUGAUUCUUCAGUUUCAUCAGGUCAUGAUCUGAUAUCCAGUAGAGGAUCACACCGACAUGAAGAGUGGCAUUCAGAUUUACUCAGUUGCUGUUCAGAACCUUAUUUAUGUAUGAAGACUUUCUUCUACCCUUGUGGGACAUUUUCAAAGAUAGCUACAGUGGCCACUAACAGGCAUAUUUCUUCAGGAGACGCAUGCAAUGAACUGAUGGCAUAUUCGCUGAUAUUGUCAUGCUGUUGCUAUACUUGCUGUGUCAGAAGAAAGCUCCGAAAGAUUCUGAACAUCACGGGAGGUUUUUGUGAUGAUUUCCUCUCGCAUCUGUUGUGCUGCUGCUGUGCGCUUGUCCAGGAGUGGCGGGAAGUGGAGAUUCGUGGAGUUUACGGCCCAGGCCCUGAGAAGACAAAGACAAGCCCACCACCAUCACAGUACAUGGAAUCUUAAAUGGCAAUGGCAAGCACAAGAAUAGUUUCAACUGGUGUUCCGUUCCAUGAAGACUGGUAGAAAUUGAAUGAGGACCUACCAGCAAGCAGAAGGUAACAGUUAGUUGCUCCAGUUAAUGUGAACAUGUACUUGGAUUUCAUCUUCUGAUCUAUUUUACAAAGUACAGUUAUUGUAUACCUGAGGUUGUCAUGUCAUGUAACAUAGACUGAUUCAUGAAUGGAAUCCAAUUUGUUUGAUCAGAUUGGAGUAGCGUAGUGCACAGGACUUUGUGGCAUGUUAGCUUCCUUGCUGCCUGUGGAUGCUAACUAUUCAAUGUGGACAGGCCAUGCCCCACAUACAAUUGCAGAUAUCUGAAUGAUAGCAAAUGGACCUUUGAGAGA